AGCCAAACAUCAUCAGUUCAGUUCAGUUUCUACGAACCAAACAACCAAAUCCACCAAAACCAAUCCAAGAUGUUCAAGUUCAUCGUUCUCGCUGUUCUCGCUCUGGUUGCCUGCGUCGCUGCCAAGCCAGGAAUCGUUGCACCAUUGGCUUACUCCGCCAACUACGUGGCAUCUCCCUACGUGGCAUCCCCCUAUGUGGCAUCUCCGUAUGUGGCAUCCUCCUACGUGGCAUCUCCCUAUGUGGCUUCCCCCUAUGUGGCAUCGCCCUACACCGCCGCCUACAGCGCUGCUCCCUUGCUGCUGAGGAAGUAGAUAAACAAACAGAAGAGAUAUCUACCACCCGGAAAGAUUGACGACUCCCUGAAUGAAUGAAUAAAUAAACAGAAUACACUGAUACUCGA